UGUAAUUGUCGAUCGAAUUAAUACAUUUUUGAUGGUGGGCCGAGUUAAAAUGACCCGUCUUAUCUUUCUCGUCUUUACGCUUUUCAAUUUUGCACGGUUUGGUUUAUGUCUUUCUGCAUUUGCCUCCGACCGUGCCAAUCCCGAUUUGUGAUUUUAUUGGCACGGUUGCGACAUUAGUUAAGUUAAUUUAUCUAGUUUUCCGACGGACGAAUUAUUCGAAUAAACAUGGAAUCUGUGUCGACGCCGGGAGAAAACGAAGAGAGGUCGUACUGCAUCCAGAGGGUUCCUCUCGUGUUUCCGUGCAAGGCGUAUCCUGCCCAAUUGGCAAUUAUGGAUAAAAUAAUAAAAGGAUUAACCAGAAGACAGAAUUGCUUAAUAGAAUCUCCUACGGGGACAGGAAAGAGUUUGGCUUUGCUAAUAUCGUGUUUGGCCUGGCAGAGAAGUUUAGCUAAUGAGAAUACCAGUGAAGAUUUGGGUAAUUCGACUGUCGAAACUGCUACUCCAUCAAACUUGGUGGUAAACAAAAGUAUUUAUAAACUGGAAGAGGAUGUCGACAACGAUUUUCAACCUCAAAAAAGAUAUCGUUCUACCAAUGUGCAGAAUGGUACAAUGGAUAGUAGUGAAGUAUGUAUAGCACUAGAAGUCAAAACGACGAAGGGAACGAAAAGUUAUUUAUUGAAUACUUCUGAUUCGUCAUCUGUAUUGCUUCAUAAACCACAGAGAGUGGCAAUUUUGCCUCUGUAUGAUUUUUCUUGUGUAGAGUUGGACAGGAAAGGAGAAAAUGGUUCACCAGAGAUAGACGAAAACCUAUUAAAAGCCCGCAUGACGUUUGACGAUGGAACGUUUUGCGAAUAUUUGCUAACUUGUUUGGAAAGUUAUAAAGAUGUCAGAACAAAAUUAGUUGUAAUAAAUGCCGAAAAUGGCUUUGAAAAUGACUUUUCGGAUUUUUCUUCUUUACAAUCGUCACCGGAAGACCCAAAUUCAUCUCAAAAGAAAAAAAUUCCUCAAAUAUACUUUGGUACGAGAACUCACAAGCAAAUAACUCAAAUUGUUCAGGAAUUAAGGAAAACAAUUUACAAGGAUGUAAGAAUGUGCAUACUGUCGAGUCGAGAUCGGACUUGCAUUCACAAAACGGUUUCGAUGAGUUGCGACAAGAACAAAGGUUGUAAAGAGCUUUUGGAUGAGCUACAUGGAUUUGGAUGCGAAUAUUUUCGUAAUUCUCAGGCACUCCAGUAUGACUCAUUAAAGAGUCAUGGUCUACAAGGGUGUUGGGAUUUGGAAGACUUAGUGAAAGUAGGAAAGAAGAUGAAGGCAUGUCCCUAUUUCGGUCUGAGAAAUCUGUUGCCGACUGCCGACAUCAUUUUCUGCCCUUAUAAUUACAUCAUCGAUCCGCUGAUUCGUGAAAGUAUGGAAAUAAACCUCAAGAACAACAUCCUCAUUUUGGACGAAGCCCACAACAUCGAAGAUUCGGCUCGCGAGGCUGCCAGCUUCGACAUCUCAAAAGAUGAGCUGGAUGCAGCAUUGCUCGACAUCGACAAUCUGGGUUAUCUGGGUUGUAGAACAUUCAGUCACGGAGUGGUCGCUGGUGUAUUAGCCGGUUUGAGGACUUGGAUCGGAAAUAAUGCCAAUAAACUUUUCGAUUACAGCGAUUUUUCCCGGACCGGCAAGGUGUGGUCUGGUGAAGAACUGGUGGCAAUGCUUUCGGAAAUAAAGGCAGGCCCUGAGGAUUACGAAUUUAAUCGGAGACACUUUACAAUUUCCUGCAGUGAAGAUAGAUCUGAAAAGAAUUACAAGAAACCUUCAUUAAACAAUGCAACGACCAAUCUUGUGAGCAGCCUGUUGUUGAUGUUCGAGUUUCUGUACUCUCAUCAGUUGUUAUUUAUGUCUGAUUAUAGAGCCGUAAUAGUGAGAGAACUGGGUUACACACGCUUACCUUCAGUGGACUUUGAAGAAUCGAGUUCCAGCCAGUUCAUGUCUGAGCAUGGAUUUGUUAGUAAAAAUUCUAAAGGAUGGACGUACAGCCUCAAAAUCUGGUGUCUGAAUCCUGCUGUUGCAUUUUCAAAGUUCAAAGAUGAAAUUCAUUCCAUAGUUGUCUCAUCGGGUACCCUGUCUCCCAUGAUGACCUUUCAGUCAGAACUCGAAGUGGAAUUUCCUAUCUCCUUGGAAGCCAAUCACAUAGUCUCUAAAAGUCAGAUAUGGGUUGGCUCUAUCGGAUGUGGACCCACCGGCACCCAACUGAAGGCGGUUUAUAACCAGACAGAUACAUUUGCCUUUCAGGACGAACUGGGACGAGUGGUUCUUAAUAUAUGCCAGAUAGUUCCUUGUGGAGUUUUGUGUUUUUUUGCCUCUUACAGCAUGAUGGAAAAGUUAACAAACAGGUGGAAGCUGACGGGAAUGUGGGAACAGAUAGAAGUGGUCAAGAAAAUCGUAUCCGAAUCAAAAAAGAAUGACAAAAGAAAUUUUGAAGAAAUAAUGACAGAAUUUUAUGAUAAUGUCACAGAUGAAAAUGUGAACGGAUCCAUCUUCUUUGCCGUCUUUCGCGGUAAAGUGAGCGAGGGGCUUAAUUUUUCCGACAACUAUGCCAGAGCAGUGAUCUCUGUCGGAAUACCAUUUCCAAAUGUUAAAGACAUUCAAAUAGAUCUGAAGAAAAAGUAUAACGACAAACACUGCGUACAGAAACAUUUAAUGUCCGGUAAAGAUUGGUACGAGACGCAAGCAUUUCGGGCACUAAACCAGGCUCUGGGAAGAUGCAUUCGUCACAAAAACGAUUGGGGUGCGCUGGUACUCGUCGACCAGCGAUUUUCCAGCGAGUUCUACACCAGAGGAUUAUCGAAGUGGAUAAGAGGUUACGUCGUUCAUCACCAAACUUUUGGCAGUGCCGCCCAUUCUCUCCGGGAAUUCGUCACAAAUAGAAUGUCCUCGUCCGAAUAAUCUUCGUUCCUGUAACCCAGCAACAUAUUUGUACAUAAUUUUUAUAAUAAAUCGCGCUUGUCUUACGCAAAA